AUGGAUAUCGAUUUGAGUGCUCAAGAGAAGAAAACAUGGUUCUUCCAAAUGGUUAAGGAGUUUCCUAGCAAGCUCAAAGACGAUGUCACCAAGCACGUAAAGAAUGUGCAAAAGUUUGGGAAAGAUGAUCCGAGACGGAUCAUCCAUUCCUUAAAAGUGGGAUGUGCUCUCACAUUAGUCUCAAUGUUGUACUAUGUACGACCACUAUAUAACAGCUUCGGGGUUACGGGUAUGUGGGCGAUACUAACCGUGGUCGUAGUUUUCGAAUUUAGUGUUGGUGGAACACUUUCCAAAAGUUUAAACAGAGGAUUUGCAACGUUGAUAGCCGGUUCCUUAGGGGUUGGUGCAGUACACCUUGCUCGAUUUUUUGGACACAAAGGAGAGCCCAUUGUUCUUGGGAUCUUAGUGUUCUUAUUAGGCGCAGCUGCAACAUUUUCGCGAUUUUUCCCAAAGAUUAAACAAAGAUACGACUACGGUGCCUUGAUAUUCAUACUCACAUUUAGCAUGGUUGCUAUUUCGGGAUACCGUACAUAUGAAAUAUUGGGUAUGGCAUAUCAAAGAUUAUCGACUAUUCUUAUUGGUGGAACAAUUUGCAUCCUUGUGUCGAUCUUCAUCUGUCCUGUAUGGGCAGGAGAAGAUCUUCACAAAAUGAUUGCAAACAACAUAGAUAAACUUGCUAAUUACUUAGAAGGUUUCGAGGGUGAAUAUUUUCCACAACCGGAGAAGACUUUAAAGGAGACAAAGUCGUGUGCUCGAGAAUACAAGAGCAUUCUAACAUCAAAAAGCACUGAAGAUACAUUGGCGAAUCUUGCGAGAUGGGAACCGGGACAUGGCCGUUUCGAGUUACGUCAUCCGUGGAAACAGUAUUUAAAGAUCGCAGGGCUUGUUCGCCAAUGCGCCUUCCAUUUCGAAAUCCUCAGUGGCUAUGUUCUCUCUGACGUUAAGGCACCGCAUGACUUCAUAAGCAAGAUUCAAGAGCCAUGCUCGGUUAUGAGCAGAGAAGCUGGUGAAGCCCUAAAAGCCAUAGCCAAAUCUAUCAAAAAAAUGAACAAAGACAGUGUUUGUGUGAAUGCACACAUUGAAAACUCCAAAAAAGCCAUAGAAAACCUAAGGGUUGCACUCAAAUCGUAUUCUCCAGAGACAGAGAAAGAUAUCUUGGAGAUAAUUCCUGGAGUCACAAUGGCAUCAAUCUUGAUCGAGAUUGUUAAUUGCGUCGAGAAGAUCUCUGAAGCUGUGAAAGAAUUCUCCGUUUUGGCACACUUUAAAGAGACUUUGGAUCCAAAAUUAUCCCCGGAAUUAAGACAAGAUCUACAUCAGCAUCAUCUACUUCACAGGGGAAGUGUAAAGCCGGUUUUAGAGGGUGACAACGAGAAAGAAGACAGUAGUUCACCUCAUGUUCUUAUCACUGUCCAUGAGGAACAGCCACCAACAACCAACGAGAAGAAAGUUUUGGGAGCAGAGAAGACGAGAGUAUAUGUCGUGUAA